CGACCGGCGGAUCCGUGGGAUUCAGUCUUCGGUCGUCUUCAGAGAACUGGACAUGAGUCUCGGCACCUUUGCGUUUCUGUUUGGCUCAGGGUAGCACAGAGGGACGCCCGCUUCGACCAGCCGGUGAAUGCUGAUGGAGAGGCGCUUCCUCUGGUCUGCCACCUCUUCCGUGAAGCUGGCCAGCAGCUUUCGGAGGUGUCCCCCAUUACGGAGGGAUCUGAUUCUGGCCUCUCUGUGUUUGCUCUAUGUCGCUUUAGUUUUUCUGGUUUCACACGGCGGACACGCGUGGUCGCACGGGCCGACUGACAAAAUCCAGAAGACCGUCGGAUUAUUUGACGAGGAGCGGACAUACCAUCUGGACUACUCGGUUCCUCCCCGGUCCAACGUGGUCUACAUCACGCUGAGAUCCAAGCGACUGAAGCCGGCGGUUCUGCGCGGCACAGUCCGACCCAAACGACGGAGGAAAGUGAGGAGGACCAAAGCAGACAAGAACGCCUUUACGCAAACCAAAGCUGAUGGCACCGCGGGGACGACCUGGAGCCAAAGGCGCCCGUUUGGACCCAAGACACCCUGGAAAGAAGUCAGAGACAUAGACUACAGGUCUCUGGAUCUAAAGCCGAUUUCCCAGUCGGAUCCUCAGUUCAGUUCUAUCCGGAUUUACAGCCAGAGCGCCCCGCCGUGGUUCAGUGCGCAGGACGUCGCCGCCAUGCGCUUUCUCUCUAGCGCCAAGGUGGCGCGAGUUAAGGCGGUGUCCUACCAGGACUCGGACUCGGACUCGGACUCGGUGCUGCUGUUUGAGAGCGAAACGAACCCCGACCCAGGGAAGCCUCACCAAGGAUGUCUGGCCCAGUGUGGCAUCAUCAACCGCCCCGUGGACGCCAGUGAAGUCUUUGCCUUCCAUCUGGACCGGGUUUUGGGACUGAACCGAACCCUGCCAGCGGUCAGCAGGAGGUUCCGCUUUUUACACGAUGGUCGGCCCUGUCCAGUGGUGUCUUGGGAUGCAUCCGUCUACCCACAAGGCCGUGUGGCGGGGCGGUCCAUUGUGAGGUUAACAUGGGGGGACUACCAGAAAUCUCUCACUCAGAGGUGCUGGUAUAAAAACACCAUCCCCAAGCCCGAAUCUGGCUGCUCCACCAUUCAUCACUACGAAUGGAGCAAGCUUGCACUGUUUGACUUCCUGCUUCAGAUCUACCACCGUCUGGACCUGAGCUGCUGCGGGUUCAAACCUCGACAGGAAGACGCAUGCAUGGAACGAGGCCUUCACAGCGACUGUGCGGACCGAGACCACAUCCAGCUGGCAAACAUCAUUCACAGGGGUCACGACCCUCAACGUCUGGUCUUCAGCCACAACACGGGCUUCUUCGACCGGGGCCAGGACAACCUGGACUUCCGGCUCCUGGACGGAAUCAAGGAGCUCCCAGCGGAGGCGGUGGAGGUUUUGAGGAGUCGGCGGUUGAGACAGAGGCUCCUCCAGUCUUUGUUUCUGGACCAGACCUACUGGGAGAGCCAAGGAGGCCGGCAGGGCAUUGACAAGCUGAUCGAUGUCAUUGAGGGGCGGGCAAAUGUCCUCCUCACCUUCAUCAAUGCCCAUGGGGUCAAAAUCAUCCCAAUGAAUGAGUGAGGGGACUGACAGAUGGUGGCGAGACGACUGAACAUCACUUCAGUCACGUGCCUUUCAAGCCAUCACUGUGUCUCAGUGGGACUGGGUGGAAAAUGAGAGGAGAUUAGUUGUAUUCAACUCCUGUGGGAAAAUGGCAUUCAUGUAACUUCUAUGUUGGGAAAGUUUAGCACAUGGUGGGAGGCGGACACUGGUCUAUUCGACAGAACAACAGACAUGAUGAUGUGGACUCAUUUAUGGUGACCGACUUCUGGCACCGUGACUGCAGACUGUCUGUAACAACACAGCUCAGCAGCCGCGACCCAGGUGGAACAUCAGGGUUUAUCAUGAGGAAAAAGUGUGAUUUUGUUUUCUUGUCCUUCAAAGCUCUGACACAUGACUAAUCCUUUUCCAAGGGUGAACAUUGGCUAUCUUCGAGUAUUACCAGGCCACCGUUAAAGGGUUUUUAUCUUGUCAACCUAAGACUUUACACCUAAACUGUAUAUCACAUUGUGGAAUAAAGCCUUUCAAUUAUAAA